AGAGCCACCGCGCACAUCGAGACGGCGGGGGUGGGGGAGGGCGCCGCCCACCCUCCCCUGUCCGCUCGGUGCCCCUCUUGCAUUGCGCUCCGCCCCUCCGGCACCGCCCACGAUGCCGCCCGCGGGCGCGCUGGCGGCGGCGCUGCUGCUCGCCCUCGAGGCUCCGAGCUCGGCGGUCGCGACGCACCCGCCGCCGGCUGCGGGGGCGACCCCGUGGGCCCCAUGGCGGAGGGGCCGCCUGUGGUCGUCGCAGAUGGCGGAGUGCUGGCCCCCCCUGCGGCCGCCGCCCCUGCCCCGCCUGGGCGCGCUGCAGGAGACCCCUUCCGCUCUUCGCCGCCGCCAGCCUCGGCGCAACGGACGCGGAGAAGGGGCCCGAGGGCACCAAGACGCCCUCGCCCGGCCCCCGGGCGCCCCCGGCCCCGGCGCCGAGCGGUGCGCCCCCAGGGCCCCCGUCCGCUGCGGCCGCCUCUGGCGCGGCGCUCCGGCCGCGGCCCGCCCCCGGCACAGCGCCCUGGGCCGGGCCCGCCCCGGGCCCGGCGCCGGCGGGGUGGCGGCCGGAUGCGGCUUGCCAGGAGCCCCGCGCCUCCUCGCUGUUCCCGCGGGCCUCCGGGCUCAUCGAGAGCCUGCGGCGCCAGGCCGAGCGAGGGCGCAGCCCGGCCCCGCUUUCCGCUGCGAGCGGACAGCCUUUGUCUUGAGCCGGCGCCGCGCGCGCGGCUCUUCUUCAGCAGACAUUGCCAUUCUUCCUACGGUAUUGUUUUUUAUUAUUAUUGCUCUUCUUCUUCUUCUUCUUCUUCUUCUUCUACCUCCAGUCCUCGUCAUUCCGCGGAGGCGGUGCUGCCGGGCGGCCGCUCCCCCCCCCCCGCCUCGACGUCUCCCCGCGGGGGUGUGGCUUUUUGGGGGGCCGCUCGGCUCUCGGCGCGCCGCCUGGCGCGCGCGCGGGGCGCUUGCCUCCCCACCUCUCCGCGGGGCGGCGCAAUCGCCUGUGCUUGCGGCGCCUGGGGGGCGCCUCCUCCCUCCUCCUCCCUCCUCCUCCUCCUCCUCCUCC